UUCAAAACAGAUAGUUAGGGGUUCCUAAAAAUGUCAACUUCAUUGGAUGUUUUGAUCACCGCCUUUAUCGUUGCCAUGAUGGCAAUAAUGGGCGCCGUCCUUCCACCACUACCAGCUGAGGCUGCUCCUGCUUUCUUUGACUUCGGCGACUCCCUCGUCGACAGCGGCAAUAACAACUACUUAGCCACUCCAGCCAGGGCAGAUUCUCCCCCUUAUGGCAUUGACUAUCCGACUCACAAGCCAACCGGUCGCUUUUCUAACGGCCUUAACCUCCCUGACAUUAUAAGUGAGAAAAUUGGGUCGGAGCACACACUGCCAUACUUGAGCUCUUACCUCAUCGGAGAAAAAUUGUUCGUUGGCGCUAACUUUGCUUCGGCCGGAGUUGGAAUCCUUAAUGACACCGGAAUUCAGUUUGUGAAUAUAUUAAGAAUUUUUGAGCAAUUUCAUUAUUUUCAACAAUACCAAACAAGGAUUAGUAAUAUCCUUGGACAAGAAGCAGCAGGGCAGCUGGUAAACAAAGCCCUUGUCCUCAUAACACUAGGUGGCAACGACUUCGUUAACAACUACUUCUUACCCCUCUCCCCAAGAUCCAUCCAAUUCCCCCUCCCUGCUUACUGUUGUUUCCUCAUCUCCGAGUACCGGAAAAUCCUCACGAGGCUGUAUGAGUUGGGAGCUCGAAGGGUGAUCGUGACAGGGACAGGGCCGAUGGGAUGUGUUCCAGCUGAAUUGGCCAUGAGGAGUGAGAACGGAGAAUGUGCAUCGGAGCUUCAACGUGCAGCGGCUAUUUACAAUCCAUUGCUGGUGGAAAUGAUUAAAGGACUCAACAAGGAGCUGGGAUCAAACAUUUUCAUUGCUUCCAAUGCAUUCUCCAUGAAUAUGAACAUAAUCAGCAAUCCAGCACAAUUCGGUUUUGUUUCUUCGAAGAUAGCAUGUUGUGGACAGGGACCUUACAAUGGAAUGGGGCAGUGUAACAUAUUGUCAAACCUGUGUCCGGACAGGAACCUUUAUGUUUUCUGGGAUGCUUUUCAUCCAACGGAGCGGGCAAACCGGAUGAUCGUCGAUCAGAUCAUGACAGGCGCUGUUGAGCAUAUGAAUCCUAUGAAUCUAAGCACCCUCAUGGCCCUGGAUUUUCAGGACCUAACCACUAAAGUACCAUAAAAAUGCCUUCAGAAAGUAACAUUUGUAGUUCCUUGCAGUGUGUUUGGGCAAUCUAGACUAUUUUUGAGGCAAAAAGACAAAAAUGUGUCUACUAUAAGUUUGUGAGUGUUAUGCUAUCUCUGAUUACCAUAUCCUAAUGCCUAAUUAGACGCAAACCAAAACUCCUUUUUAUGAUUUUCACAUGCCAAUAAGAAUUACAAAGCGUA